GAACUUUACAAUAAACGUUGAUGCAGCUGUUGGAAACAUUACGUCUAUACAGAAUGUACAAGAUGUAUCCGGAAACCAAACCCUAUGGCUGCCUACAAUACUUGCCACCAGUGCUGCUACAAAUGACCCCAAUAAGAUAGAUGAUGAGAGAUCACAAGCUGGUGUGUCACAAAUCAUUAUCACUAGUGAGAGUUAUGUUAAUGAUGCCAAUCAACCAAGAAGAGCAAACAUUGUCGCUGAGACUAACUUUAUAAGCAGACCCAAGACUUCUAAAGUCCAAAUAUUAAGUAACAUAUCUAUUCCCAAGAACCCAAAUUACAAUCAACAAUAUUUAACGGGAAAGGAAAUUGCACCUGUAUAUGGAACUCAAAAUCAUGUUUACAAAUUGGGCAAUUCAGUUCUUUGCACUAAACCUCCGAAAAAUCAAUCAUUGAUUGGAUGCUCUACUCUAUCGCCAAAUGUUGUGAACAAUAGCCCAAUUAAAAAUACGUCCUACAGUCACAAUUUUACCAAAAGCACAAACCUAAAUAAAACAUUGAAUAAGGUAAACAAUGGUGCUAAUCUAAAUACUAUGGUUGCUGCCUCAUCAGGUAACUCGCAAUGUCAUAUAUUGUCUCGUGUGGUUUCUGGACCCAAUAAAAUGUCUGUACAUUCUGGAAGGAAAUCUGUGAACACUUUUAAGGGUUCGAAAAGCUCUGGACAAGUUUCUAACCAAAAGAACCAAUCAAGGCCAAUAAAAAUAAUACAACAGACUGGGUCAAUUAACAAAUCAGAGGCAAAAACUUGGCCAGUUGCCAGUGUCACAUACAAGAAUCAGCAGCCAAGUUAUGGAGUAACAGAGUCAAAUACAUCAAAAGUCAUCCAAAAAGUAGGCAGUCCUACACAUAAGAGUCAACCUCUACCUCUCUCAAAAUUCCCUUCGAAAACGGAACGUUUAGUGUUACAGUCACCAUGUGGACCUGUUUUGAUUUCUACAGCUCCUAUAAGUACCAGUUUACCUAAGGGACCGCAUUAUGUGCAGUCAGGAUCUACACCUAAUUUGCGAUAUGUUCAAACAUAUGGAACUGCAGAAAAUCCAAUAUCAACAGUAUCGCAAGUUACUAACCAACAGUUGACUGCACAGAUAUUGCAAUCAUUAUCACAACCAAAACUGAUGUUGCAAUCAAAUACUGCAUCGGUAAAUCAUAACCUUACUCCUUUACCGCCUACACCCGAGGAACCAGUGGAAGUUAAACCAGUCAAUCAAAAAAGAAUUGUUGUUGGCGACAAAUCAACAUUACUCACUGAAGACGACAUUAUCGGCAUGGAAGAAAGACCAAAUCUUUCAGAAGAACUAAGAAGAUAUUCCUUCCAGCCCUUAGCCUUUGUGAUGUUGGAUCACACUUACGCUCAGCCCGCGCAGAAGCAGCCUUCAGCCACUCCGCCUACGACGCCGGUAUCCACUGGCCCGCCUCCCACCAUAAUUUCACCCACAUUAACUACAUCUCCUAUGAGUCCUUUAAAACGCAAUUCACCCGUAAUCAUGUCCACAGCGUCUUAUGAAAUGCCUUUAGCAGUGCCUACUAGCGUUAUUGGAACACCUGUACCAGUUUCUUCUAUACAAAUGGCACCGGUCACAUAUAAACCACCACCACCUCCGCCGCCAGACGACGACGCUGCUUCAGUUAUUUCAUCUAUUGACGGAGACCGGAAAGCCAACAGGGGAGGUAGUGACACCGAAACUGCACCUGAAGGCGAGGAAGAAGGCAAGACAAGAUGCAUCUGUGACUUCACUCACGACGACGGUUACAUGAUCUGUUGCGACCGUUGCGGUGAGUGGCAGCACGUUGACUGUAUGGGUAUUGAUAGGCAGAACAUACCAGACGCAUACCAGUGCGAGAUCUGCCUUCCCCGGCCCAUAGACCGACGACACGCCCGAGCUAUACAGAUGAGGAAGAGAGAAGAACUCAGCGCCCUUGGUGCGUCAGAUACGGACUCGUCUGAAAGCAGCCGUCCUCCAGGACAGAGAAGGAAACGAUUACUGACUGUCACCACAUAUACCAAUACAAGUGGUUCAUGUGUCACCACAUACAACUCCGCUAUACCAGUGCUUCCACCACUUCCACAACCAUCGACACUAACUUUACCUAAGCGAGGACCUAAGAGGCCGAAGAAAACAGAAGUUGUGCGAAAAGGCACGAAAAGAAAACUAUCGGAAAAACGCGUAAAACGCAAAAAGGAAAUGAUGCUUAACAGAAGUAAAUACAGUUCAACCAUGUCGAAUCAGUCACAUUUCCAAGACUCGUACGAACUUGCUGUGACGAACCAUUACAGUCCAGAGUUGAGGGCUAAGAUUAUGAAAUAUAGCAAUAAACUUGGUAAUACUCCUAACAUGGCGUAUGCUAUGAACGCGCAUUUAUGUACCACUGUGCCCCACGCAGGUGGAAAGAUUCUGAUUGCUACUAAGGACUUGAAAGAAAAUACUCCAGUAAUAGAGUUACGUGGCAAAUAUAUGUUAUCAAACCAGCAUAGACCACAAUUACAAAAUACUGCUAGAGCAGGUAGCCAGAAACCGGGACCUUUUGUCUUCUUUUACAGGUUACCUAAAGAUAACACGCAAAUAUGCAUAGAUACUAGAACAUACGGGAAUGAAGCAAGAUUCGUACGUAGAUCGUGUAAACCAAAUGCAGAGUUACAACACUGCAUAGUCAAAGGCACAUUGCAUGUUUAUUUAGUUAGUAUUGGAGUUAUCCAGUCUAACACUGAAAUAACUGUUGGACACGAUGCUGAUGGCAGUAAACAGCCAUGUGCAUGCGGAAAUCCAAAACAUUGCAAAGUGAACGGCCUCAACACGUUAGCGUCCCGAAAGAGUGUGGACUAUCCGCCUAGAGAGAAAAGGAGCAGAAAUAGAUGCUUCAGUUCUUCAUCACCAGUAUCUCCACCGCUCCCUCCUGCCGCCACUACUCCAGUUAAAGAAUAUACUCAACAAAUAUCUGCGAUGAAAUCUGAGAAGAAAUCUCCACAGCAAAUUAAACAUGAAUACCCUCCUCUAUCACCUGUCAAGACAGCUGUGAUGGCAUUAAACUUUGAUGAACCGCCUAAACCUGAGCCGAUAGAAGAAAUUAAAACUGAAAUAGAUCUGAUAGCCAAAGAGGAGAUGAAGCCUGAAGAAGAUGAACGUGACUUCUGUAAGUCGGAAACUGUUGAAAAUAAAUUUGAAGAAGUAAAACACGAGUUAAUCCCACUUCCACCUGUAGAAGAACCCAGACCAACGAUCAUCUCGAAAGCAGAAGUAAAAGAGGUGAAGGAAUUUAAACUAGAGAAGGAACCAGUGUAUUCUGAUGAAGAGAAACCAGAAAAGGUUGAAGAAAAGAAACCUAAAGAAGAAAUAAAAAUAGAAGAAGAUAGACCAGUGACUAGAGAAUUUAUGGCCAAGUCAGCAUGCCAUGACAGAUCAUCGAGGUCCAGUCGGACAACUUGCGUGAAUCAAGACUCUCUGGAUGAUAAAACUGAUGAUUCUCAAGAUAAAAUACAGACUAAUAAUAAAGAAAAAGAAAAGAGAAAGAUGACGCGCGAGGAACGUAAGAUGGAAGCUAUAAUGAAGGCGUUUGAACGCAUGGAAAAAGCCGAACAGCGCAAACAGGAAGUGAAAGAAAGGCAGAAGAGGCGAGAGUCUGAUCCACAUCCUAAUGCUAAUGAUAAGGAUGAAGAUGAAGAAAUUCACAACACUACUAAAAAGAGGAAAAAGCGCAAGGGUCGUGCUCGCACGACGUCGCAGUCGAACCGGCGGCGCUUGAACUCUGCAGACAGCGACAUGGUAACGUCGGGCGACGAGGCCCAGCCGCCUCCGCUGACGCCGCCGCGGGCUGGCCCGGCGCGCCGCGACAGUGCGCUCCCACCACCCAACGUCGACCACGACCGCACCAACGAUGGCCCCCAUGAAGAACUCGGGUUGAGCUCUGCAUGCUUAUUGGUUGAAGCAGCUGUUGGUUCUGUUGAAUCCGCCUUUAAAUUACCAAAAACUAAGAAAACAAUGGCGACUGAAUGGAUAGGAAGGUCGCCUGAACGUACACCAUCACCUUAUAGAUCUCCUUACAGACCUACCUUGGUCGCCGCACCAUCGUUAGAAAGUUUAGUUCGAGUCGCAUCAACUAUGAUUGGCGAUUUAAGUGGGGAUGACUUGGAACAUGAAGAAGACAGUAGAGCUUCGCCCCCUAGAACACCCGGGAGGGAUCGAAAUAAACCUCCGAAGAAAGCCAAGCGAAUAACGAGGAGUACGCCGCCUGCCGAGGUGGCCGAGGUGGCGCCGCCCGUGAUACAACAACACAGCGCCAAGAAGCGGUGGCUGCGACAGGCCAUCAGCGAGGAGAGUGAUUCGCCUGUUGCAGAUGUGUUUGUUUCAGAAUCGCCUCCCAACGAAAUGGUAACGCCAUUAAAGAAACGACGACUAGCAAGAGAGUCGCUUUCUUGCGAACAAAACAAUAUUGUGCCUUGUAAUGACGAAACCUCGCCUAUUUUAACGUCAGAAGACUCUCCGGUCAAAGAUGACGUGCAGCCCUUGACGAGGCAAUUUAAAGUCAGAAAUAUUAUGUACGAUAGUUUAUAUGCUAGAGAUAGAACUCGUUCGGACAGCGGACAGGGAUCUGAUGACCAAUGCACCAUAGAUAAUGACAUGUUGAAUAUGAAUAUAAAGGGUCCACAUGACAGCGAGAACAUAAGGAGAAUUAUAGGAGUUCCGACACCUGAAGAUGAACUCCCACCUGAAAUACCUAAACCAGAUGACAUAAAAGCUAACAACAAUAAUGUUGAAAUGGAUGAAAGUAAUUACAAUAAAGUAGUGCCAAUGGAAAUAGAUACAACAAUACCCGCACAGCCAAAAAUACAAGAGUCUAUCGAUCUUAGCAUAGACGUGAAGGGAAUCGAGAGCCCAAAUGAUAAACUAAACAGCUGUCAGUCAGCAGACACCAGUGGGAACUCGUCACCACAACGCGACGAGAUGGAUGACAUUCAGAAGAAAAUACAUUCAUUCCACACAGAGAACAUACAAAUAUUAAAGAGUAGAAAUAAGAAACCCAAGGAAAAACGAAAGAAAGUGAACCUAAACUUCGACCUCAACAUGGUGGAUGAUCAGAUUAGCGUGCAGCUGAGAACGGAGAACGAUACGUCGUCUAAAUCCAUAGAAAUUAAUGGAGACAUUCACGACGACAUGAGCAAUUCAGUCCAUGAUGACGUCAAAGUUCAUGUUUCACCCGAGAACAUACCUCUGCCGCCUGUAGAGUCAAUACCUCUACCGGCACCAGAGAACAUACCGUUGCCAGAGGAACCGAGUCCGAUGCCUGUAAUACCGCCUCCAGAAACAAUACCUCUACCAGAGGAACCCAUGAAGCCUGUGAAGCCAACAAUUCGCCCAGCAUCACCUGUUGUAGAAAAGCUUGAUAAAAUUGAGAAACCCUUCUCAAUCGACAGGCCGUCCGUGUUAGAGAACUCAACGCUACCGUUCUCGUCGCGGUUUAGUUCAACAGGACUUUUCUCCGGUAUAUUCAGCAAUAUGUCUCAGUCGUUCAACAUGGACAGUUCAAUAAAUGAGAACGUACCGAACAUGUCUAUAAUAAAGAGUGCAAUAGAUAGGACUACAAGUUUAGAUAGUAGUUUGUUUGACAAGGACAGUAUUACGCCAGCAGACGAUCUGAAGAGCGUCCAGGAGAUAUUAACGCGAGUGAAUAAUAUGGACUCAAAUAACAGUGUAAUAUUAUCAGGGGUGCUCAACAGUUCAAAUAAAGCGAGUUUGUUAGCUCCAUCCCCCAAACCACUCGCAAAGCCUUAUUGCCCGCGAACCAACGACCCCAGACUGAACCCUCCGCCUGUAGAAAAACCUAAACCUGUAAGAAGGAAGCUCUCUAUAACGGAGUACCGUAAGCGGCACAAAGGCGGGUGUACGGAAGAGGGCGGCGGCGGGUCGUCGAGUGAGGCCGGCGAGGCAGGCGAGGCGGGCUCCGGCGGGGAGGCGGCCCCCGAGUGGUCGAGCGAGUCCUCGGGCGCCGCCUCGCUGUCGCCGCAGCGCCUCGACCAGGCCGCGCAGGCCGCCGCCGACGACCUCGAGCAGCGACUGCACCGGGAACUGGCCGCCUCCCACUUGCCUAAAGGUGUGUUUGACGCUCAGCCAACAGCCACGGAGCGACAAAGGGAAAACCUAAGCUUACGAUUACGACGGGAGUUUGGUCUUGCCUUACCUGAUGACGAAGAGACGAGACCUCCUACCGAAAACACCGAUGGCGCGGGCGGUGCGAAGCGGUGCGACAGGUAGUGGGCUGUGGGCUGUGAGCUCACUAUAAGACAUUAUUUUUGUAAAUCUCAGACGGUGUCACGCCCGUCGCCUGUAUUAUAUAAUAACUAGCAUAAAGGACUUUUCUAAGAGUGUACGUUAGAUGCGAUGCGCGCGUAUUGUAUAUUUCCGUUUCACUUGUACGUUUUUAUUUUCCACGGUUUUCUGCAAGUACAAAUUGUUUUUAUUUCCCUUUGUACAUAUUGUAUAUAGGAGAGUUAAGAUAUAUUAUAGGGAACCUAAUGGGUAACGUAUCUAUGUAUAAUGGUAUGAAAGAUUUUUUAUAUAUGUACAAUGUUUAUGUAUCUUAUUGAUAUAUUUAUUUAUUAUCGAUUUAUUCGAUAGUGCGUUUAGGGAAUGACGGCUAGGAUUUUUGUACGCAUAAUGUUUAAGUAAAUUAUAGUUGUUUUUAUUAUUUGUUUUAUGUUUUCUAGCAUAUAUAGGGGGUCCGAGGGCUCGUCCUAGUUCUAGGUCUCUUGUUAGUGUUAGAGGUUUCACGUGUAAUUUAGAGUCGUUUCAAUACAGAUACGCAUUCUCGCAUUAGCCAUUUGUAGAGGUUAAAUCUGUGUUAUAAUUUAAGUGGAGCGUAUUGUGCAAAGAUUGAUUUCUUUGGUCCAUCAUCACAAGGACGAAUGUUGAGGCAGCUGGGUAAUAGUGUUCGAAGUCUCGCCCGCGACACCACCCGGCACCGUUUUCUCUGCAUAGAUCGAAAGUGAAUAUUUAUUGGUUAUGUUUCAAGUAUUAUAAUUAUGUGGACGGUUUUGUUCAUAGUAAAAUAUAAAUUGUUUUAUAUUGCAGUGUUGCCAAGUGGUGUCGUGGGCGAUCCUAGUUUAACGUGGCUUUUGCAUCCAAAUUGGAUAAACGAGGUCGUGAAUUUUGACUGAUAUGAAUCGCAAUCACACUAGUACUAUACAUAGAAAUAUACCUGUUCUGUUAGAUACAGCAAAUUCAUAAAUGAAAGCAGUUUAUAAAUAGCACUGAUUACUUCUAGAUAGUACUGUGUGCUUUUUGUUAAUCGGACUUGCAGUAUGUUACAAUACAACAUGCAUGUUCAGAUGAGAUAUGUACUGUGUACAUUGUUCAGUGUUGUAUCACAAGUUCUAGGCGAGACAGUUGUAUGUAACACACUGCAUACAAUGCAUAAUAUUAACAAAUGUAAACCAUCAUUUUUAAACUCUACAGUUUAGACGAUAUAUUCUACAAACCUUACGUUAUUUUGUAAGAACUAAACUGCAGAGUUGGAAAUUGGGGACACUGCGACAUUCUGUUAGUUUAUUGCUAUGAGUUGUUUAUAUGACAGAAGCUAUUGGACCGUUAUAUUUACAAUUGUUAAUGUGUUGCCGCUUGUAUAUACUUCUAUAAUAACAACGAAUCGAUGUUGUGAAUAACCUCGGGCUAAAAUAGAGUUUAUCACAGAAGCACCCAGUGAUCUAAGGAAGCUAUGACCAGGCACUUGCAAAAUAUUCUGUUUGUUAUAUUUAGGUAGGUCUAGAUUUAGUUUACAUCUUGUACGCGACAUUUAGCACUGAUGUGACUGAAUGAAGUCAGAACUUGCUUCCUAAUAUUCCCAGUGCGAUUGUUGCCUAAACAGGUGUUACGUUUAGUUUAAUGAAUAACAAAAUAUUUAGUGUAAUUGAGUAAGUACUCUGUGAGUACUGAAACAAGGGUUACAUGUACAGUUGAUUAUUUGCUAUACCCAAACUUUCGACGUUUAUAAUUUCGCCUGUGACUUAUAUUGCAAUAAUUAACCGAAUGCAAUAAUUCUUUCUAAAAGAAAUUUUCUCUAUAUUUAUAUUUUGUGCUUCAGUAUAAAAUUAUAGGCGCUGGUAUUUAGAUAGAUUACUUAUCGGUGUUUCUAUUUUAUUGGUGGAUUUAACCACUACUAGGUAAAUCGAACUGUGAAUAUUGUUGCAAUUUAGGAUAAAAGUCUAUGUAGUCAAACUACGUUUAUAAGCCCAGUGUCUGACGAUUCAUCCAAAUUGUUGCUCAAAUUUUCUACUGUGGGUUCCAGCAAAUUGGUUUUUAUAGGGAACCCCGUUUAUUAUUAGAUUGUGUGCUUUUUGAGGUCUGUCAAAUAGAAUGUUCUAGCAAAAGUUGCUGCUUGUUGCGUGUCAAUUACAUACAUGUACUAUUAUUUGUCAACUAGUAAUUCCGGUGAAUUAAUUUAUUCAUGAUGAAAUUUUUGAUUAUGUUAAAUUUUUAUUUAUUAAUUUCAAUAAACCCAAGUGAGCUGUGUGUCUAAAAGUACAUAUCGACAUUUGCAUUGAUUGCACCUAAUGGUUUCCUACUUCGUGCAGCCGUUUAGAAAGUCUAGAUAGUUGCACUUCCUUUAUUUACUUACCCGCGACGUCGGGUCGUCACUAAGCUACUACUUAAAAAUUAAGUGUUUUACGCAUAAUCUUAAAAUGUUAGAUUCUAGUGAAAUACGCUGCAAUAAUACGCCUCGAAGGCAAAUACACAUAGUUGUUAACACACAGAAAAUAUAUUUUAACUGCUUUAUUUAAUCCAUGAUUUUAUUAUUUUUGUAUUGUAUAAAAAGAAUAUUGUAGUAAGAUUUUUAUGAUUUUUUUUUUGAAUCAAAUGUAGAUUUAUUAUGAAAUGUUUCAGCAUUUGCGCAGCCCGACUGGAGCCACAGUGUCGGUGUCUGUCUAAUAGAUUUGUAAAUAUUUCGAUCUGGUUUAUAAAGUGUAAAUUAAUUGCUUAAUAUCUACUGUCGGAACGCGUUUUGUUGUGCGCACUCUCAAGCAAAUAAUACUUUCAACUAGUCUUCUUCGUCUCGCGUUACAAAAUAAACUAAAGUAGGUACCUUACAAUGUGUAGAAUUUGAAAUAAUUGUAGUUUUAAUGUUCCUCGACGGCAGCCCAGUAAAUGAAUGAAUGAGUACAGGGCAACAAAACGCAGUCCAACAUUUUAAUGUUUCUGUAGUAUAUUAGAUGAAAAUCUUUGUGAUAAAAAUUUCUUAAUUAUAUCAACCCGUAGAGAAGCGUCUGUGUAUAUAUUAUAAUAGUUAAUGUUAAGUGAAAGCUAUAUUUUGUUAUGGUGAACAAAAAGCGCACUCUCUAUCGUUUGCCAUAUUAUGAAGCUAGUUUAUUGGUACUUCCCCCUCCUUGUGAUCGCACCCACCUUCGGCUUGUCCCGCUCCCCCGUUGGAUAUGUUUCAUGUAAGGUAUUCGAUGUAACAAUGGAAUAUUUUGCAAUAUAUAUAAUUAAUAUAAUUUUUUAACGCUAAGUGGAUCGUAAAUAGAAAAGCUGUAUAUUAUCCAGAUGUUAAAUAUUAUUAUUUCUUUCUCAAUGUUUUAACUAAGCAUGUAAAAUUUAAAAUAAUACUAGAGAAUAAAAGAUGUUAUGAUAAUUAAUUACAUAAAAUCUUCGUUUGAA